CCAGGAGUGCAUGUCAGGUCUUUAAGGAGACAGACCUUGCUAAAAUUACAAACAGUGCAGAAAAGGCUUGGAUUCAGUUUAAAGGGGAGAACAGCUGGAUAGGUUUGACCUAUAAGAAAGAAGACUUCAGAUAUAUGUGGGUCGAUGGCACAUCUGCUCAGGCUGAAAGUGCAUGGGUCGCGAAACGUAACAGGAGGCAUACACUCACUAAAGAAGACUGUGUGGUUGCCUUCAAGCAAUACCUUUCCCCAGCAGAUUGUUCUUCUCUGAGAAAGUGGAUAUGCAAAAGAGAAGGAGAUGUCAACCUCUUUACAAUGCACAAGGGGAGAGCUUUGUACUCCCCUUACGUACCAACAUCAAAUAUAUAUAACACCUUAAAGAAAGCUACAGAUACCUGCUCAGUGCUCCAGACAUGCACUGGGAUAGUGGCAAUGGGGGAGCACUACAUUCUACAAAGUGGGAUGGAACUGUAUAACAGCAGGAACAGUAGUGUGAAAUCCUUUAUCAAGUCAGAUUGCAUCUCUGGAAGAUUUGGGCUUCUGUGCGAAUUUAAAUGUCCACCAUGCCAGCAGGGUAUGGCCUGCAAUCCAUACACAGGGCUGUGUGGGGACACUGUGUUUUGCAGUAAGGAGAAUAGUCCUAUCCCCUGUGGAAAAGGGUCCAUAUUUGGUGGCUCGUGCCCAGUUGAAGAUGGGUGGCAGUACUGGCAAGGCAGCUGUUACUAUAUCCACACAGCAAAGAGACAAAGCUGGCUACGUGCAAGAGACCUAUGCAGGCGUUACAGGGACGCAGAUCUUCUGUGGCUGACAAGUCCUUUGGAAAAGGAAUGGCUGGUAUCUAAACUUCCCAAAGCAUCAUUCUGGACUGGCCUUUAUGGGUUUAGAUUCUGUGCAGUCUUGCAGUGGUCGAACAGUCAAUUCCCAUUUGCAGCCUCAAGAUGGUUGUCUGUAAGCAAGUGGGCCAUAGGUGCUAAGUGCUGUGUGCAGCUUAAUGCUCCCGAAGGCUCUUUGACAGCUUUCAGCUGCUUUCGGAAAGCCCUGUGGAUUUGCAAGAGAAAAGAAGAAGGAAUUGUGGAUUUCCGGGAGUUCCGAGGCUAUUACCUGGCUGGCACUUACACUUCAAAUUCCACACAGCGGUCGUUAUGGGAAGCUCUACAGCUCUGUAGAUUUCAACGAAGCAUUUGCAAUGGAGUUGGGAUGAUCAAAGGGGAGUACAGAACUAUAUUUGCAACCCGAAUUCUACUCAUCGUUGGAGCCCUUGGAGAUGAAAGCACCGCAUAUUUGAAAUCACCUUGUCUCCCAGGGCACUAUGGUCCUGAAUGCCAGGGCAGUUGCACCUGCAAUAGAAUUGAAAACUGCAGCCCCUUCACUGGAGAAUGUGCAGAGAAUUUACAGUGUUCUCAGGAAUACGUGGCACAGCAGUGCCAAAAAGGCCUGGAUAACCUCAGUGUUAUGGAAACCUGUUUGGAUUUUCUCGUUGGGUGCCUUGCAAAGCGAUGUGGAGAAAUCAAGCAGGAAGAACCAGCGUGUCAUAGAUGGAUAGCUAAAGUCAUCACUAGAAAAAGCUGGCUUGGCAGCCUGAGCUAUAAACUCCAGUCAAACUCCUGGAUCAUGCCUGAUGGAGAUAGAGCAGCGCCUCGUUGGGGUUUCAAAGCAGUUCAAGAUUUGUGUGUGCAGAUUGAACCCAUAUCUGGAACCUUCAUUUCCUUUGCCUGCUCUGAACGGGCUUCGUGGAUCUGCAAGGGAGCCCCAGUUCCUGGAGCGCUGGAUUCCACAUAUAAGUGGUGGACAACAUUGACCUCGUCCCUUUUAGUUUCAAUUUUUGUAGUUGUCGUGAGUAUGUUUGUUACAUUUAAAGCGGCCCGGUGGAGAAGACAAGUGCUGGUAGAAAAGACUGAUGGGAAAGAGCAGAGAAAUAAAGUGGAGAUGGAGAACUUGGCUUCCUGGGACAAAAAGGCCCUCAAGUCUGAAAGGAGCAACCCCUUGAAUUAGGAUGUAGUGUUUGUGGACUCUGAAGGCAGUCUCAUCCCAUCCUCUGUGGAUUGAAGAUUUGGCUUUCAGGAAGAGGUUUGAAGUAGGGGAAACAGGAGAUAGAGCACUAUAACAGAUAGGGAAAUAUUUAACCUGAAAUUUGUUGAAUGUCUUGAUUUUUUUGGUGUUUAAAUCUUUCUCUGAGCUCCCACCCUCUCUAAUGACUUUAGUCUGUCAUAAGCAGGAUCUGUCAGAUGACACAGCACUACUUUCAGCAAAGCAGAACAUCCCUAGAACAUGACUAGUCAAAUACAUUUCC